UGGGACAGACGAGGGGGGAGGUGAUAAAAGGACGAGGUGGGUUUAGGCUGCGGGCACAGUAUAGAGGAGUGUCUGAGCAUGUUUGUGUCGGUGCUGACCACGGGAGCGGCCGCUCUGCUCUUCAUUGUGUGGAAGCUAAUUGUCCAUCUUUCAGCACAGCGUCACAGACAAAUACGCCCAGAUGGAGGUCAGUCUAAAGCGACUGUGCCAAAACCUCCCCACUCCCUCUCUGGUCUGCUCCCUCGCUCUCUCUCUCCCUGUCUCCCCGGACCCCCCGCUCUCCCCCUGCUGGGAAACAUGCUGGACUUGACCCGAGACCACCUGCCCAUACACCUCACCACACUGGCCCGUCGCUAUGGAAACGUCUACCGCCUCCACUGCGGCAGCACUACCAUGGUGAUCCUAAACAGCAGUGAGGUCAUUCGUGAGGCCCUGGUCAAAAAGUGGUCAGACUUUGCAGGAAGACCACCUUCAUACACGGGUGAUAAGGUCACAGGUGGUGGGUGGAGCAUCUCUCUGGGUGAUUACAGUGAAGGAUGGAAGGCCCAUCGGCGGAUUGCCCAUAGUGCUUUGCAGCGCUGCAUUGCUGAGUCCCUGCAUUCUGUUAUAGAAAAGCAAGCGCUGCACCUCAAACAGGUGCUGCUGGACUACAGGGAGAAGCCUGUGGAUCUGUCUGAAGACUUUACUGUAGCAGCCAGUAACAUCAUCACUACUCUAGCAUUCGGAAAAUCAUAUGAGAAAAGUUCUGCAGAGCUGCAGAACCUGCACGGCUGUCUGAAUGAAAUCGUUUCUCUGUGGGGUUCUCCAUGGAUCUCAGCGCUGGACUCCUUCCCUCUGCUCAGAAGGUUGCCAAAUCUUCCUUUUUCCCGUCUUAUGAAAGAGGUAGCUAGACGGGACGAGCUAAUUAGAGGCCAUCUGGAUGAGUUUAAGCAGAAAGGUGGCGGUAAAGAAGGCGGGACCCUCACAGCCUCGCUUCUACAGCACCUCGACACAGCGGAGGAAACAGCACAGAAGAUAACUCUGACGGACACUCAGAUGCACAUGACCACAGUGGACCUGCUGAUAGGAGGAACAGAGACCACCGCAGCCUGGCUCAGCUGGACCGUGGCCUUCCUCUUACACAGACCAGAGGUUCAGACUGCGGUCUAUGAGGAGCUGUGCAGUGUGUUAAAGGGACAGUAUCCUCAGUACAGUGACAGACACAGGCUGCCGUAUCUGUGUGCCCUGAUUAAUGAGAUGCUGAGACUGAGGCCCGUCGCUCCACUCGCCGUCCCACACAAAGCCAAACAAGACAGCAGCAUUGCAGGAUAUUUCAUCCCCAAGAACACAGUCAUCAUCCCAAAUUUAUUCGGGGCCCAUCACGACCCGGAGGUGUGGACUGACCCGUACAGCUUCAGACCCGAGCGCUUUUUGGAGGGGGGUGGGGGUUCCCUGCGGGCGCUGAUGCCGUUCGGAGGGGGCGCUCGGCUGUGCCUCGGAGAAUCCAUAGCCAAAAUGGAGCUGUUCCUGUUCACGGCGUACCUGCUGCAAGCCUUCCAGUUCCUCCCUGAAAGCCCAGAGGAGCUUCCUGACCUGAGGGGUGUGGCCACGGUGGUCCUGAAGGCCAGACCAUACAGAGUCAUCGUCCGGCCCAGAGCACAAUAAACAGCAACUAUUAACCUACACUCUUACAAAAGAUGAUUCUUCAAGGGAUCUUGGGUAAAGACAACGGUUCUAUAUAGAACCAUGAACACUCGAAGAAGUGGCUCUUUGCAUGGUGAAAUGGUUCUUCAGAUUGAUGAAGAAUGUGUUGUAUAUGGUUCUAUAUGGCACCAAAAAGGGUUCUGCUAUUAUUAGGAUGUCAGACUUGUGACAAUAAAAGAACCCUUUUUGGUGCUACAUAGAACCAUUUUCAAAAAGGUUCUAUAUAGGUUCUGUGUAAAACAUCACAGAACCCUUUCACCAUGCAAAGAACCCUCUAAGCAUGCAAAUGGUUCUUUGUGUGUUCAUGGUUUUAUAUAGGACCAUUUUCUUUACUAAAGAACCCUUUAAAAACCAUCUGGUGUAUUUACGCACAAAUAAGUAAUUAUUAAUGGCAUUUUUUAUCAUUUAAAAGCAUUUACUGUAAUGUAAGCUUGAAUAAAGAGCUCCUUUUUAUCUUUUGUCCACA